AAAAAUUAUAAAAAAACAACAUUCUCGGUUGUUUUUUUUCUUGUCUUAUAUUUAGUUUAUAAUAUUAUCAAAAUAAAUUAACGCUGGUAAAAAAUCUAAUCCAAUUAUUACUGUUAAGUUGAGUGAGGAAGUACCGAAGACAUGGAAGAAAAUGUAGAAGUCCCCUCGCCAGUGUCGAGUAUUCCUCUAGAAAAUUUUCCGUUUUCCCAAAUAGUUGAAGAUGGACCUAGGGUUUGUCCACUCUGCUCAUCAGAAGUAAGAUAUUUCUUCAUCCAUAUGAAUGAAAAGUUGUUGAUGUGCGAAAAUACUGAAUGUGAUUUCCCAUUUGGUUAUGAAGAACUUCAGUUUACGCGAGUAGAACAAGGUGAAGAAAUUAUUGAUACUGUUUCUAAUUCUAUACCAUCACAUAAGCAAAUAUCACCAGCAAGUUCAGCUGUAUCUUCCUCAUGCAUGUCUGACAUUGACAAACUUAAUAGAGUCGCUGAUGAGACUCUAAUAGAACCCAAAAUGCUGAGUAAUCCAAAAAAGGUAAACAAAAAGAUCAUAUCACAUCGUGAAAGUGAGAAACAAAUAAAGAAAAAUGUUGAGGACCUGAAAGAACUUACCCUGGAGCUUAAUGAUAUGACAUCAACAAGAAAAACUAUUCGUAAUCAAAAAUGGAUUAAAAAUUUAAUGAACUUACAAGACCAUUCAGGAUUCAAGUUACUGAAACCGGAGGAGCUAAAGAAGUUCAGUAAAACUGAGGAUGUCAAAAAUGAACUUAAGAUUGAUAUAGAGGCAGGCAGCAGUGGUUGUGUAUCAUCAAUUAAAAUAGAGCUUGCAAAUCAAGGUGAAGAUGCUAGUACAAGUGGAGUCACUUAAGCUGUCUUAAAAUUGUUGUAAAAUACAUGGCUUAAAUAUUUGUACAAGUCAACUAGUGACAAAAUAAGGUAAUUGCGUUAAUUCAAAUGUCUUUACUUUUACUUACACACUUGAGUAUAUGUAAGUCAAAUUCAGAGUAUACCAAAAUGAGGUUCAAACAACAUAAUAUACUAAUAUUAAAUCUCAGUUCUUCACAUAAGGGAAAAAAGAAAUGCUUUCUUGAAAAUAUUUCUGACAUGAUCCACUGUACACAAUUGAGUUAAACUCUUGAUUGUAAAAGUAUAAGCUUUAAUGCAAUUUUACAAUAAGAUUUUCUUGGUUAUUUAUUAAUAUUUUGGAAUGCAAUGAAAAAUAUGUGUACAAUAUGUGUAGGGUUUGCUAUAUAUAUGUGGCAUUUUAGGUUGCAUUUCAGUUUACAAUGUUCAGUGUUCUGGUCAUGUCAUACUCUUAAGGCAAAACACACUCACAAGAUGGAAAAAUCAAUGUUAAAAUGAGAAUUGUUGAUGUGUGAGAAGAGCAACUGCUAAGUUACUUGCCAGCUUCUGCUCAGUAGAAUCGGACUUCUUAACCAGUAGUUGAAAUAGCUAAAACGAAACUAAGUUAUUUGUCUGACAUAAAUCUGUUUUGUUACACCUAUAUUCACUCUAUACAUCUUGGCCUAUGAUUUUGAACAUUUAAUACAUGUUUCUUUCAUUAUUGAAAAUAAUUCUUCAGCAUUUUAUUAGAAUUUAGGAUGUUUCAAAAUCGGCUUUUUUGUGAGUGCUUCGAAAAAAUCCUAUAUGAUAAAGUUGUUCCCCUUUGAAAAUUCUAAAAAGUCUUAUCUUUUAAGGUUUUCUUAUACGCGGACAAAGUCGCGAGGGACCGUCAGUAUAAAUAUAGAGCUGGAUCUCCACAGUGAGGCAAACUUAUAGUGAAACUAGCUUCGCUCCACUGUGUUACUUUGCUAGGAUGUUACUGUAGUUUCUUGGGACUUUGACGUGUAUCUAGGAUCAAAAGUAGUAUGUACUCUCCAUCCAUUCAACUAACUCUAUGCCAAAAAUCAAGUCAAUUAAUUGCAUUAAUAAGUAAGGACGCGAAGGACAAAUAAACAUACUUAUAAUAUUUAUAUGGAUUAAAAUUUAUUAUUGAAUGCAGCACAACGCAUAAUGGUUUGUGAGACUUUAACUGAAAUGUCAGAAUGUGACAGAACAGUGUGUCAAAAUCUAAUGCGUGUGGCAGCACUUUUAAUAAAGGGUAUAGGGCAUAAAGAACCUGUAGGGCUAGUACAGGCAGGAGAAGAAAUUAUAUCUCCUGACAAGGGAUAUAAUUAACGUGACCACCUGCUAAGGCAUGGGAACAUGGAAUAGAAGUUUACCCCCGUUUAUAGUACACAUGUAUGACUUGGAUAUUAUUUCUCUCUGAGAGAUGAUAAAGCUAUGUGUAGAUAAGUUUAUUGUUUAAUUUUUUAUAAACCACCUUAGAUAUUUAUUUAGUUACUUGUUUUAAACACAUCAAGGCUGAAAAUAGUUUUAGUUUGAUUAGAUUAUUAUAUUUUUAGUUGAAAUAAUAUUAUGUUACGAUAUGACAGUGUAUGUCUUUUAUUAUUUUAUUAUUAUUGCUUACUAUAAGUGGAAACUAUCUUUACCCUGCUAAAGUCUACGAUAAAGGCACUGGUCGACUUCUACGCGCGUAUGAAAUAGCUUAUUUUAAAAAUAAAACCGGUUUGUUGACUCGAAGGGUUCUGUACCAUUGUUUAUGACAACAACAAAAACAAAACAUACCUGUUAUAAUUAGUAUUUGUUUUUUUAGCGGCAAUACUCUGCAUCAUCUGUUAAAAUUUUAACUGUCUAACUAUCACGGUUCAUGAGAUACACCCUGGUGGCGGACAGACAGACAGACAGAACGACGGACGGAAAGUGGAGUCUUAGUAAUAAAGGAUUUUUACCGUUUAGGUACGGAACCCUAACAAAUACUUUUUGAUUUUUUACUUUUAACUGAAUUGUAUGCUUACAGUAGGUACAUUAUGCAAAUUGGAAAUUGGCAUAUGUUAAGUUUUAAUAUUUAUUUAUUUACUAUAAUGGUGUCUUAACUACAAAAAUGUGCUAUGAGUUUGUAUUAUAGUGAUGAAAACUUUUUAACAUACGUUUAGCCCGUAAAAAGUGAAACAAGCGAGCGAGUGGUUGCCAUCUUGAUGCCAAUUAAAGUGGAUCUUCCACAACGCGCGAAAAAGCUUCGGUUACUGUUUGCCCCCGAUGCUUCUAUUUUAUAUCUAUAUUAAAUUGUAAAUUAUUUAGUAAUAUUGGAUGUAUUUUUCUCAUAAAUCUAGUCUAAAAUGAAAAUAAAUGGUGUCAA